AUGAUCAUGGGAGAACAUGACAAACUGGCCAGAUUUCUAGGCUUUCAUGAGUUAAAAAGUGUUAAAUUUUACAAAGCCAUUGUCUGUGAAUUCGUGGCCACCGCCAUCUUACUGUUGUUUGUUAGCGGGACAACGGUUACCAUGGACACAGGAAAACCGUUGAACACCUACACGGGAGCCUUCAACUCUGCAAUGGCUGUGGCCUUUAUUGUGUGGACAUUUAACCACGUCAGUGGAGCCCAUAUAAACCCAGUUAUCACUCUGAGCUUUUUAGUCACAGGUCAUGUGUCCCUGACAAAGACGCUGGCUUACACUGUAGCGCAGUGUGCUGGUGCCAUUUCAGGCGCCGCGCUUGUCUGGAUCCUGGUCCCCCCAGCCUGGCGGGGAACGAUGUCCAGUACUACAUUUGCUGACGAUGUGACAGUAGCUCAGGGCUUUGCUGUGGAGGCUAUCAGCACGUUCACGCUCGUCCUAGGCGUGUUUGCCACCAGUGACCAGUUCCGUACUGACCACGCUGGCUCACAGGCCUUGACGGUCGGGCUCAUUGUCUACAUCGAAAGUGCCUGGGCGGGCAAGUUGACUGGGUGCAGCAUGAACCCAGCCCGCACACUGGGUCCCGCAAUCAUGGCUGGCACGUGGGACAAUCACUGGGUAUACUGGGUUGCGCCCUCUGUAGGAGCAGUGGCCGGGGCGUUGCUGUACGAGCAUAUACUUGCAGAGGCUCCCAUUGGAGGUAAUAUAGUUAUAGAGGUAGACCCUUCUAGAUCGAGUAUAGUUGAGAUUACCGACCACUUGAAGUUCAGAGAUCACACUAUUGUUGUUGAAUGCAAUGAAGACUUGGACAGUGUCAAGGAAGGGUUCGAUAAUCUGGCGAUGGACAUAGACAAAACAUACUGA